AUGGAGUUUAAACAAGGAGAUGGAUUCCUGGAAAUGUCCCAAUCAGGUUACAUCGAAACCGUGCUCAAGAGAUUCGGAAUGGAAAACUCAAGACCAGUAUCUACUCCAUUAGUUCCAGGAUUAAAGUUGCAGAAAAUUGAUCAAUCAGAAACCGGAGAACUUGAGACCUUUCCUUUCAGAGAACUCAUAGGGUGCCUGAUGUACCUAGCCAUUGGAACGAGACCAGACAUAGCUUACGCCGUGAAUCAUUUGAGUCAAUUCAACAACACGAAUGGCAAGGAUCAUUGGAUUGCAGCCAAGCGGAUCCUGAGAUACCUCAGAGGAACUACGAAGCUCGGUUUAAGGUAUGAAAAGGACUCUAAACAACUUGAAGGUUUUGUAGAUUCAGACUGGGGAAGCUGCCCCGUAGACAGAAAAUCCUACACCGGACUUGUAUUCAUACUGGCGAAAGGCGCAAUAACCUGGGAAGCCAGGAAACAGCGGACUGUGGCACAGUCAAGCACAGAAGCAGAAUACAUGGGGUUAGCGGAGGCUGCGAAGGAAGCUACUUACCUGUUGAGAUUCCUGUCCGAAAUCGGAUAUCCGUGA